AGUCUGGAGAUGUUUGUCAACCCGUACCACCAGCAAAGGUGAAGAAGGUCAAAAGAGCAAAUGCGAAAAAGGUUAAAAGAGUGAAAGCGAAGAAGGUCAAAAGAAUGAAGGAGAAGAUCAAAAGAGCUGAAGGCGAAGAAGGCGAAGAAAGUCUAAAGAACGAAGAAGAAGGUCAAAAGAGUGAAGGCGAAGAAGGUCAAAAGAGCGAAGGUAAAGAAGGUCAAAAGAACGAAGAAGAAGAUCAAAAGAGCGAAGGCGAAGAGGGUCAAAAAAGCAAAGGCGAAGAAGGUCAAAAGAGUGAAGGCAAAGAAGGUCAAAAGAACGAAGAAGAAGGUCAAAAGAGCAAAGAAGAAGAUCAAAAGAGCAAAGGCGAAGAAAGUGAAGGUGAAAAAAGCCAAAAGAGCAAAGGCGAAAAUGGUCAAAAGGGUGGUGUAAAAGGUCAACAAAUCUAUACUUCCAGAGUUGUCAAUCCAGUAAUUCUCCCGAUUAGCAUUAGAGGUAAUCAGGAGUUUCCAUAA